AUGGGGCCUACUACUGAACCUCAUAUUCACGGCCUUCUGGAUGUUAUGUUUUCAUCUGGUCUUUCGACUGUUCUUGUGGAAACUUUUGAGCAAAUAAGUAUGAGCAUUCCAUCUCUGAUUCCAACCAUUCAAGACCAGCUACUGUACAGUAUAUCUAUGGUUCUUUCUAAAUCUCCUUAUCUAGGGAGGCCUGUGCAAAGCAUCGGUAAAGGAAAAAUUGUAAAUAUCAGUCAGCAAGUUUCAGAGCUUAGUGGUUCUGCUCUUAUACAGCUUGCUUUGAAGACCCUUGCCCGUUUUAACUUUAAGGUUAUGUAUACUCUUUUAUGUGUGAACUUCUGUCACGGAUGA